UACGCUUAGGAAAGACCUUCCGGUAAAAUUCACAUGCUCGAUCUCUGCUUGACUGAGACCCUUUUUUCAGGAAGUUCGGAACAAAAGGAAUCUGUGGUAAUUUUGGGAGAAUAUUGAGCAAUCCUAUGGAAAGCCUCAGAAAGUUAGGUAAAAAGAAGAAGCAACCAUCGUAUCCCAAAGGAGAUGAAUGUAACAUAGUGGAGGAUAAGAGGCCAGGCGUUGAGGCUAACAAGGAGAUCAACAAAGAGAGCAGUGGAAUGAAUCAGAUGGAUAAUGCCGCAGCAGACCUAAAAAGUGCCAACGAUAAUUAUUCAAAUGCAGAUCAGGCUAAAGUGACUGCCACUGGGCGAUCUUUUAAAGUCGCAGACAUUCCAAUUAAAGUGAAGAGUAAAAUCUGCCUUAAACUUAAUGUAGAAGAUAAUUAUAAUUUUAAAGAUUAUCGCUUACUUGGAGAGAAAAUGGGAAUUGAUCAAGAUGUAAUAAAAAAUUUAAAACGGUCAGCAAAUCCUACCCAUGAUCUUCUUGACCAGUGGUCUGUUAAACGUGAGGCAACUGUAGAGAAGCUCAUAGAGUUUCUUAGAGAGGAUGAUAUGGAUAGAGAUGAUGUUGCAACCAUUCUUGAAGACUGGUUGAAAAAAGAGAUUUCAAAUACUUGAGGUAUUGACAAUUUUUAUUAUUUUUUGCUUAGGGGUUUUUGUUUUUCUCUAAGAAAAAGCUAUGUUCAUUUAAUAGUGUUUUACAUUACGUUAAAAUAGAUAUUAAAAUCCUUUUUGUUUUUAUUUGUCAA